AUGAAAACAAAAUUCUACCGAUUACAAUUGACUGAGAAUGACACAGCAAUUAGACAAGAGUUGACUUGGAACCAAGAAAAUCAGACUUCUGAAGUUACCUUCAUCCUCUUGGGCUUCUCAGAAUAUCCAGACCUUCAGAUGCCCCUGUUCCUGGUGUUCCUGACCAUCUACACAGUCACUGUGCUGGGGAACCUGGGCAUGGUCAUGGUCAUCAGGAUCAGCCCGAAACUCCACACCCCCAUGUACUUUUUCCUCAGCCACUUGUCCUUUGUCGAUUUCUGUUAUUCCACCACAGUUACACCCAAACUGCUGGAGAACUUGGUUGUGGAAGACAGAACCAUCUGCUUCACAGCAUGCAUCAUGCAAUUCUUCUUUGCCUGCAUAUUUGUGGUGACAGAAACAUUCAUGUUUGCAGUGAUGGCCUAUGACCGAUAUGUGGCGGUGUGUAACCCUCUGCUCUACACAGUUGCAAUGUCCCGGAGGCUUUGCUCCUUUUUGGUGGCUACAUCAUACUCUUGGGGGAUAGUCUGUUCCCUGACUCUUACCUACUUUCUACUGGAAUUAUCCUUCAGAGGAAAUAAUAUCAUUAAUAACUUUGUCUGUGAGCACACUGCCAUUGUUGCUGUGUCCUGCUCUGACCCCUAUGUGAGCCAGGAGAUCAUUUUAGUUUCUGCCACAUUCAAUGAAGUAAGCAGCCUGGUGAUCAUUCUUUCUUCCUAUGCUUUCAUUUUUAUCACUGUCAUGAAGAUGCCUUCCACUGGGGGGCGCCAGAAAGCGUUCUCCACUUGUGCCUCUCACCUGACCGCCAUUACCAUUUUCCAUGGGACUAUUCUUUUUCUCUACUGUGUUCCUAACUCCAAAAGUUCAUGGCUCAUGGUCAAGGUGGCCUCUGUGUUUUACACAGUGGUCAUUCCCAUGAUGAACCCCUUGAUCUAUAGCCUCAGGAACAAACAUGUAAAAGAGACAGUUAGGAGGUUACUUAUUACCAAAUUAUCAUGUCUCGUAUUAUAA